GUGAGUUGGGAGAGAAUUUCUCGAUGAGAAUUGUCGUGCACAGUUUCUUGAGAACGUCGAGCUGCUCUGUUGAGGCUGUGGCCAAGUUCUAGCGAAAAUGGAGUAUCUCCGGUGACCAUUUCACUGGCUUGACGGCCGAACAUCGCCCGAUUUGAUUCAUCCUCAGGUAGAACACGGAUUGUCUCGCUGUUGCUGCUACUGCCCUUGUCAAACUGAUCCGCGGGCUGAACGAUCACGCGAGUCUGAACUCGCAGCCAAACUCUUUCGUCUGUAGGAUUGAGGGAUUCCGGUAGCUAGAAGAGUUUAGAUGGAUAUAAACUCUGCUCAGGCUGAAGAAUUGGCUUCUCUGGCCACUGUUGGGCCAAUACUAGCGGUCGCCAUAGUUAAAGCCCGAGAGGAAUCUCGGGGAUUACUGUUCAGAAGGUUGGAGGACUUGAUCAGAGUGCAUGGUAUCACAGAGGACUUCGUAGAAGUCAACCGGGCUCAUUUGGUCUGCAGACCUUCCCCGACGCCUGCCGAUGCCGAUGGCGCGUUGGAGACACAUCUUCGCAACUCCAAUCUUGAACGAGAUGAGGUCAACUCGCUUGCGUCCUCGGUCGACCGCCUACUAUCGGAUAAAGGCGGUCCGCCCGAAGAAGAUUUGGACACACCGGCCCAUGCCAGCGACGAGCACGGAUUGUCACCUGUUCUAGACCAAUCCAUGCAGCAGGAUGAUGAAAGCUCGGGCAGCUCGUGUGAUGCGCGGAUGGGUUCGAACUCCGCAGGACCCCCACCCAAACGGAAAUCGGAUGUCCAAAACCAGCAACAGUGUUCUCCCGCUAGUAAAAAAAUAUGUCGAGGACCCGAACUUGAAUCUUGGUUGCAACAAUUUAUAUCGUGGUCUCAUGGCGAACGUUCAAACGCACUGGAUUGUUUAAUGUCUACUUGUGAUGCUUCCCAAGUACGUCAUGUGAUGAGCGUCAUCGAGCCUCGAUUCCAGCGGGACUUCAUUUCGUUACUUCCGAAAGAGUUGGCAUUGUAUGUGUUAGCGUUCUUGGAACCUAGAGACCUGUUGCGAGCUGCUCAGACUUGUCGGUAUUGGAGAGUUCUCGCUGAAGACAAUCUCCUAUGGAGAAUAAAGUGCCGAGAGCACGGAAUCGAGACUCCUCCACAAAUAGGCGGGAGCUCACCGAGGUCGUGGAAACGAGCGUUCAUGCGACAGUACGCAAUCACGAUGAAUUGGAGAUCCCGACCGUUACGGAAGUUGAAAGCACUCAAGGGACACGACGAUCAUGUCAUCACAUGUCUGCAAUUUUCCGGGAACCGGAUCGUGUCCGGGAGUGAUGACUAUACCCUGAAGGUUUGGAGCGCCGCGAGCGGUAAAUGUCUUCGAGUGCUUGUCGGCCAUUCGGGUGGAGUAUGGUCGUCUCAAAUGUCUGGCGCUAUAGUGAUCUCAGGCUCAACGGAUCGCACCCUAAAAGUUUGGAAUGCGGACUCGGGCGAAUGCAUACAUACAUUAUUUGGACACACAUCCACCGUGCGUUGCAUGCACCUUCAUGGAAACAGGGUGGUGUCAGGAUCCAGAGACGCUACUUUACGAUUGUGGGAUAUUUCGACCGGUGAAUGCAUGGGUGUUUUCAUCGGACACGUUGCAGCAGUUCGUUGCGUUCAAUACAACGGCAAAUUGAUUGUAUCUGGCGCGUACGAUUACAUGGUUAAAGUGUGGCACCCCGAACGAGAAGAGUGUCUGCAUACAUUGCACGGCCAUACGAACAGGGUCUACUCCCUCCAGUUCGAUGGGGUACACGUGGUCUCGGGCAGCUUAGACGCUUCGAUUCGUGUCUGGGACGUAGAAACGGGUCAAUGUAAACAUGAGCUAGUCGGGCAUCAAAGUCUCACGUCGGGCAUGGAGCUGCGGGACAAUAUACUGGUAUCUGGGAACGCCGACAGCACCGUCAAAGUUUGGGACAUCAUAUCGGGAAAAUGCCUUCAAACGUUAGCCGGAGCAUCGAAACACCAGUCGGCCGUCACAUGCUUACAGUUCAACUCGAAGUUUGUCAUCACGUCUUCGGACGAUGGAACGGUUAAACUAUGGGAUCUCAAGACAGGAGAAUUUCUCCGGAAUUUGGUCUCGUUACCGUCCGCAGCCAACGGAGGCGUGGUUUGGCGAAUUCGCGCCGAUCAAACUAAGCUGGUGGCCGCUGUCGGUUCUCGCAACGGAACCGAAGAAACUAAGUUGUUGGUGUUGGAUUUCGACGACACGGACGAGACGAAGAACUCUGUCUGCGCCUCCGGAGACGUGGAUCGAACGCCACUGGGCGCCUAUUGUUAGCUAGAUUCGAGCUCCCGACGUUUUUGAACACUCCUUCGGUCAACUCUCUUACCCUCAUACCCAACAACAAAAACCCGAUACUGCGAUAGACCUUUACAAAUUUUUAGAAUCCAAAAUAAUUCUCAAUGGCAGCGAGAGUGAGAGCAGCAUGAAACAACUGCACGCAGGCUCAGCGGAUCCGGGAGCUGACUGACCCGAAAUAUAGUCGUUCCUCGGACGGAAUUACAUUUCCAAAAGUUCCAAUGCGGAAAGCGACGCGAUGAAUCCACAAACGACGGAAUAUAAUUGAAUCAUCAAUCGAUUCAAUGACAAUCCAUCGUAACAUACUCCUCCUGUAGGGUCGGCGGCGCUCGGAGGCCGAUUGUGCGGAUUUGUUGUUUUGGUAAAUUUUUGUUCGAUCGCUAAAUAAGCGGGACCGAGGAUGGCGUCGAUAGAGAGGGAGCCUACCGAAAAUCUCCCUUCAUUUCUCGUCAUUGGUUCACAUCGAUUCAAUCACUCGCUUUUUCUCGUUUUCCAGCGUGCUUCCUUCCUCCGCGAGAGAUGUCACAAAAAAAAUAGGCUGGCGUCUUCCUAAACAGACAAUAUUGAACUACCAACCGACAAUUUAGGUAAACUUCAAUUUUAGGCAAUUAAUUCAUUAAUUCAUCAUACUUCUUAUGAUCGCCUGGAAUGAGAUCCUUACGGAGUUUUGACGAGGGGAGGAGCAGUUGAGCGAACGGGACAUGAGAGAAAGGCCUUACUCGUCAAGCCUCACCAACUAUGAAACGCUCACGUCGAUGGGCGACUUCUGUUCUGAACCAACCUGAAUCUCGCCCAACCACCUUGUAAAUAAUACCGUAUAGCUGAGGGCGCGAGUGCUCCUCCGAGGAAGACUCGAAACGUGUUCUCCGAUCCGACCGCUGAAUAUCUGAGCUCCUUGGUCAUGAGAAAGAGCGGGUCUGUUCUUCGCACUUGAACUUCUGCGGAUCUCGUCAUGCAAACGUUACAGCCCGAUUUGGUUCGGCUGAAGAGCACUGAAGUACUUACAGCUUUGUGGAAUUGAGAUGCCAAUCCGAAGUCGACGCUCUUUCUCUCUGUCAGUUCCAUUAAAUUAAUAAUGAUGAUCUGAUGAUGAUUUUGACUAUGCCAGGGUGUGGCGAGGGAUGCCUCGAUGAAGGUCCUCUCUGUGAUGGAGUUCGAGUUCUUUCGAACGUUCGACGAUUUUGAUCUCGAUCGGGAAAGAUGCUCAUCUAUGCGCAAUGGCAUCUUUUCCCGGGCGGAAAAAUUGGGCGCGAGAAAUUGGAGUCGCUGCUUCCCAAUGCAACCCAGAAAAGCGGGCAUCGUCUCGCAGUACCUGCGGUUCGGGAAUCCGCUCCAUCAAUCCACCCUCCGCACAAUCGAUUCGCCGCAUUCACAAUCGAUCUCCCUUUGUCGCGAGAGGACGGAGUCCAGUCGAAUGACAGUCGUGACAUCCGGAUGAAUCAUCAUCAAUUGCAUCGCAGAAUCAAUGAAUCAAUCAAUCAAUUAAUGAAGCGCCCGACGAUGAUGACGACGACGACCGUUAUAUCAUUUGUAUCAUUCGUAGGUACGCGACUAUAUUAAUUUAUUAUUGUGUACUACCAUUAACAACUACAACAAUGAAUGUUGGUCUUGUUUCUGGGGUGAACUAGACCGUUGGUGACUCCAUCACUGACGUCAACGAUAAGGAAAUCAGCAAUAGCAGUGAAAUCUCUCGAGAUCUGCUCAGAUGCAGACAAAACCUGUCGAAUUUGUGAGCGGAAGAAGAAGUAUAGUGGAUUCUUCUCUGAAAAAUUUACACGAAUAAAAGUUUUGA